GUCCGCUGGGGGCAGCAGCGGGUUUUCGCGACAUCACUGCGUUAGCUCACUGCUAGCAGGCGGUGGCCGCUUAACAAAACGAUAUUUUCUGGGUUUUGGAGGUCGCAGUUUUUAUAUUUGAAGAGUGUGUAAAAGGAAAACAAGCAGAGGCUUCCACCCAUAAUGGAUAUUGAUGUGAAGAAGUUGAAAGUCAAUGAACUGAAAGAGGAGCUCCAGAAGAGGGGACUGGACACUCGUGGGCUCAAAGCAGACCUGGUCGACCGGCUGAAGGCUGCUUUGGAAGCUGAAGAAGCCACACAGGAGAAUGCUGGAGCUGGUGAUGCUCAGCAGAUUGACGCAGGUGCGGAGGAGGCUGAUUAUGAAGAGGGCUCUCACCAGGGGCAGCAGGGAGAUGAAAGCACUCAGUCUGGGGAACAUGAGGUAAAAGUGGCUCCUGAUGUGGAUCAUGGUGCUCCUGACCUCUCUGGAGACGUCUGCGUGAACAAAACCGAGAUGCUGGAGGAACAUGUGCCCAAACCAGAAACAGAACCACAGCUUGUCUAUAAGGAAGAACAAGAAGAACAACUAAUAGAUGUGAAGAGGGAAGAUGAAGCAAAGCCAGAGGAUCAGCAGCCAGAAGCAGCCAGUAGAUGGGAGGACAAAGAGGCCCAGCACACUUCACAGCACAAGUCCCAGCAGGACAGCGGCACACACUACGGCCGCAAGAGACACUACGAUGAUAGCCACGGCUACGGCUACUAUGAGCACCGGGAGGACAAGAGGUCCCGCUCACCUCAGCCACCAGCCGAAGAAGACGAGGACGAUUUUGAUGACACGUUGGUAGCCAUCGACACAUAUAAUUGUGACCUGCACUUCAAAGUGUCCCGGAACAGAUACAGUGGCUACCCACUGACUAUUGAAGGCUUUGCUUAUCUCUGGUCUGGAGCACGUGCUACGUACGGUGUGAGCAAAGGUCGUGUUUGCUAUGAGAUGAAGAUAACUGAAGAGAUCUCAGUCAAGCAUCUUCCCAGCAGUGAGCCUGACCCUCAUGUGGUGCGAGUGGGCUGGUCUCUGGAUUCCUGCAGCACACAGCUUGGAGAAGAAGCUUUCUCUUAUGGAUACGGUGGAACUGGCAAAAAGUCCUCCAACUGUAGAUUUGAAGAUUAUGGAGAGAAAUUUGGUGAAAAUGAUAUCGUCGGAUGCUACAUUGACUUUGACAGUAGUGAGGAGGUGGAAAUUGCAUUUUCCAAGAAUGGGAAGUGCUUGGGAGUGGCAUACCGGGUGUCUAAGGAGGAGCUGGCUGGUCGAGCACUUUUCCCACAUGUUCUGGUCAAGAAUUGUGCUGUGGAGUUUAACUUUGGCCAGAAAGAGGAGCCCUUCUACCCCUCGCCAGACGGAUACACAUUCAUUCAAGCUGUUAGAAUUGAGGACAGGACAAGAGGUACUGUGGGCCCAGAGAACAAGGCUGAUUGUGAGAUCUUGAUGAUGGUUGGUCUCCCUGCAUGUGGCAAAACGACCUGGGCCAACAAGCAUGCUGAGAUGAACCCGGACAAGAAAUACAACAUCCUUGGAACCAACGCCAUCAUGGACAAGAUGAAGUGUUUGCAACAACCUGUUGCGGGACCGAAACCCAGCACUGUGAUAAAAGAGGAGCCCCCCGAUAUAUCUGAAAAUGACCUUCCGCAGUGGGAGGUGGAAAAGCUUGUGUUGAAAGAUCAGCUGAAAGAGCGGCAGACUGAGAUAGAGGAGCUUAAGGUCCAGCUGGAGGAAAAGGAGGCGGAGUGCCAGUGGUUGAAGCAGGAGCUUUAUCGCCUGUGGGAAAUUGUCCAAUCAGAGCACCACGCAUCGUCUUCCUUGACCACUCAAACUAAUGUUCCAGGCUCAAUUUUCGCAGAUCACCAUGAGGAGCCGACCCCAUCCACUUCAGAAAGAAGUAAAGACUUCCUGCCUGUAAAUAUCGAAUUCCCUGCCUCUCUCUUCAUGGAUCGCUGUUGGAGCAGUGAGGCAUCCGUUCUCCCUGAUGUAACUUUAAGAGAAAUCACUGCUGUCAAUGAUAAAAUCUUGUUACGCAUGAGCAACAACAGGCCAGACCGUUACGGAGCCCUAGUGUUCAGGAGCAUCAUUUCUCAGGAGCUUUAUGAGCAGUGGGUAAUGAAUACUAACUGGGACGGUUCCCGGGGCAAAUGGGGAGUGCCCCACAAUGUCCGAGAUUUUGUAACAAGGAGAGUAAGGGAACGAUUUCCUUACAUGACUAAUGAGGACAAAAAGGCAGUUAAAGAGCGUGUUAAUGAGUGCUUAAGGAUGCGCCGGAAAUCGAUUGUUCCAAUUCCGUAUUCAAGUAAAUAAACUACGGAUGCUGGUGUCUGGCUUUAGCAUACUGUAUUAACUUUCUGAUUUAUUUAUUAAUGUAUUUAUUUUUAAAUGUUUUCCUUUAGUUUGUCUUUGAUCAGAAUAUGUGAAUUUCUUUGACUUGCUUCAGCUUCUUCUGAAAUGAAUGCUAAUUGAAGCAUGUAACUGGUUAAUGAUGUUGGAGUGCAUGUAAUGGUUUCAAAGGAACCUUUAAAAUGUUCUUGAAAUGUUUUAAGUGUUUUUAACUUUUUAAAAUCCCAGAUUUAUUACAUGCCAAGCUGUAUUUUUAAGUAUCUUCCGAGCUACAAUGCAAACUAGUUGAGUUAUUCUUUAGUUAGAAGUUUGUUAUAGUUGUAAUGUUUGGAGCUGCUGGCGGUUGCUGGUCAUUAAAUGGGUAAGGCUAAUACUAACUGAUAUAUUAAAUGAGUCCAUCUGUUUGCAUAAUAAGGGUCCUUAAAUACCUCCUUUUUCACUUCUAGGCACUUAACACACUUGUCUUUCAGUUUUGGUUACUAAAUGUGUACUGUACUGAUGCCCUUACAUGAUGAAAAAAUGAUAAAUGUGCUUUCUGUAGGUUCCUGUUUUUUGCAAGAAAUGUAAGAGAGUAUAUGAUACUGUUGAAUCUCUGUGUUUUAGAAGUUGGCUUCUGGUUCCUGGUAUUUGCAGCAGACUGACACUGAAACGCCUAAAUCUCAGACUCUUUGGACUUUUGGACACAUUUCUUAACAUUUAGAAGUAGCGUCCAGGUUUUUCAGACCACUUCACACAUCUUGACGUGUCACAUGCAUAGAUUUUAAAAAGAAUGUCCAGUUCAAUGUUUAAGUCUCCAAUGCAAAAGCAGAAUUAUACUGAUGAAGUAUAAAAAAAAACCUUGCAUGUUAAAUAUGAUACUGAGUAGCUCAACAUCUUGAGAACUAUUUAAUCUGUCAUUAUAUUAAACGUUAACUACAAACGUGUUCAUGAGCUUCUGCCGCAGAUCCGCAGCAACUUGCAUGCUAACAGCACUCCUUGCCAGAGAAACGGUGGCAUUCUCAUAAUCCAGUUAACCACCAGGGCACUUAAGCUGCACUGAAAAUACUGUACUUCAGGUCUAGAUGAGGACCAAGGAACUUAAUCAUCUGCAUUUAUUUUCAGUUCCAUUGAGUGGACAGAUUUUUGCUUAAAACAUGAAAUCUGCAAUUUUAGGAUUUUGAUUUAAUCCAAUCUUUUGCAUUUUAUGAUACAUGUUAUAUGAUUAUGAUAAAUAACAUGAGGCAGUAAAUUGCACUUGCGCUGUACUUGUGACCGACAUGUUGUAGCAAAAUUAUAUAUUACUCAUUGUAAUAAAUAGCCACUUGUUUCUUAUUUUCAAUGUAGUACUUUAUUUGUAAAGAAUUUAAAUUGCCAGUUUGGCCCUUUAAGGAGUAGAUGAUAUGUACAUUAUGCCUUUGGCUUAGAGAAAGUACUGGAAGUAUGCUAGUGUGUUUCACAUAUUCAUUUAGUCUGUAUGUUCUGAGCUUUGGGUUUAAAAAAAAAAAAAAAAAAGUCUAAUAAUAACAGCCAUUGGCGAUUUUGGCUAUAAAGAAAUCAGCCAUAUAAAUUCAUGAU